UACAUUUCCCAAUGUCCUUUGGUGGAUCUUGAGGGGUUCCCGGAAGUUGUUCCUAGAAUUCGUCUUUAUCAUAGAGAUCCGGUGUCCUCUAUUUGGAAUGAAACCUGAAUUGAUUUCUCCAAAUUCCACUCUUUGACUAGCUACCAUGGCCACAGCCUCAAGGAAGUCUGUCUUGCAUUUGGCAACUUUCAUCAGGAAGCAUUUGCUAACUGCUCCUGUAUUUGCAGAUGCAGCCAUAUUUCAUGCCUGUUCCAAAUCUACAUAUACACCACUUCCUGAUGACUAUAAUUGCAAAGUUGAACUUGCUAUGACAUCAGAUGGAAAGACAAUUGUUUUUUAUCACCCUUCAGUGGACAUUCCAUAUGAACACACAAAACCCAUUCCACAACUAGACCCUGUAACCUAUAAAGAAGAAACACAUGAACAAGUCCUGAAAUCUAAAUUAGAAGACGAGAAAGACUACAAGAAGGAGCCCACAAUUGAGACACUUAGUAAAAUGUUUUACACAACCAAACAUCGCUGGUAUCCUGUUGGACAGUAUCACAGUAGACGCAGGAAAACCAAUACUCCCAAAGACCGAUGAAAUUACAUUUGUCUUUAUCAUCAUGGAAAACUUCCUUUAGAUUCAUUCAUUCAUUCAUUUCUAACUAAAUUUCUCUAGAUAAUUUGUAGAAUCUAGGGAUUCUGAUUUAUAUGCAAAAUAGAAGUUUCAUUCCCAAAUAUUGCUAGCUGAGAUGAAUUGGUAUGUGAACCACCAGAGGGCACUAU